UUUAAAAAAAAAUGAAAUCAAACCCUUUCCUUAUCCCAAAUCUCUCUCUCUCUCUCUCCGGGUCUUGUUGAAACGCCGGGUGCUGCUCUCAGCCACCGUUCUUCGGACCGGUCUUCAGUCAAGAGUCUCAGAGACUGGCUGGGUCUCGGCCAUCUGAACCUUUCCUCCGCCCCGUUGCCGCGUCCUCCAUUGUCGCAUGUAUCUGUUUCUCUAAGAUGCAUAUUGGCCUCUAUUUUCCAUACCAAUAAUCCAAACAAAUAUCAGAAUGGCACAUCCCCUUUGCUUCUCCAAACCACCCAUCCGACCACCACUUUCCUCCUUCCUCCCACCUCCACCAUCUUCAAAGCUCUCCAACCCAACAUUCAGCUUCAAAAUUAAACCCAGACUCUUUUCUCUCCACCUCUCAAAACCUGACAAGCUAAUUUCCACGCAUCCCAAAACAUGCUGCCCUAGAGCUGCCCCCCGAGACACAGAAUCCGAUGGAAGAGCCCAAGAAACCCAGUCUCAACCAACAAAUUCAGAUUCCAAGGCUGCAGCUGCUGAUGGAGGCGGUAGACUUGAUGACGAGGUGUCGCGUUUGGCUUCAAGAAUAAGGGAAGCGGCAGACAAAAGGCCGGAUUCUUUGAGCGGGGUGGUGGAGGAGAUAAGGGAGAUCAAUUGGCCGGCUUUCAACAAGGUCUUGGGUACUACUGGAGUGGUGUUGGGGGUUAUUGCUGGGUCCAGUGUCAUUUUGCUCACUCUCAACGCCAUUUUGGCUGAGCUCUCCGAUAGGGUCUUUGCCGGAAUGGGAGUCCAAGAUUUCUUCAGGUGAGCAGAAUUCCAGACAAGGCGCCAGUUUUUGUGUCUUGGAAACAGUCUCCCCACUCCAUAGUAGGGGUAAGGUUAAGACCCUACUUUUGAAGGUAUCUAUUAUUGUUUGCUCUGUUGAUGAUGAUGAUGAUGUAAGGUGUAAUUGCUCAUAUAUAUUGUAUUCUUUUUGCGAAAGGAUCCACUCAUUUCUUUAAUGGCUUGAAGUGGUAGAUGAUGAAUUGAUUUUGCAGGUGAAAAAUGAUUUUAUUUGUGCUUGUAAAUGCCAAUUUAAUUGUGUAAAUUAGAAAUUCUAGAGAGAUUUGACAGUCAUUUAUAUGGUUCCAAAUGAUGGGAAGAGUGAAAUGGGGAUAUAUGCUUUGUGUGAUCUUUCAUAAACUAUCCAAACAGGU